AUGGUUUUAGACAUCAACAGACCUCCUCUUCCGGCACCUACUGAACCUUCGACUCUCGAUUCCGCAGACGACUCCAGUCCCACCAUAGACGACGUUGAUACAAACGUCUCCAACCGCACUGACAGAACCUCUUACUCCGUCCCCGAAGACGGCACCCCCAUUACUAUCAACACUACCACGCCCACCAAGCCCCACGGCGGCGGCAGGCUCCACAAAAAGUUCCCCUCGCAGACUUCUCUGCUCAUCGAGUACUUCGAAGCAGAAGACGAAAUAGAGGGCACAGUCCGUCCCAGUGUGCGCGUAAGGGUCACUCCAUCCUCUCGCAAGGCCCAAAACAACGCCGCAAACGAUCACAUCCACAUAACCCAGGCGACCCGCCAACCCCGCAAGGCCGCCUAUACUCGACGCAUCCCCAUUGGUCAAAGGCCGCGCGACGAAUUCAUCCGAAAUCCAGCCAUCGACUGGCUAGGCGGCUCCGACAUCUCUUCACUCCCUCCAGUCGACAUUGAGGUACUUCCCAACCUCAGCGACGUCUCUACACUGGGAGGCCGAUUUGUUCCUAUGCCCUCAGACGUGUCUUCUAUGCCAGCUGACAGUAUGACGGGCGCAACAGAAAUUAUCCCCCCUGCGCGCCGCAGGAGCAGGAGCUUGGAAAGGGACGAAGUCACCGACUCCAUGGUCUCUGAGGCCAUUCAAGACACCCUGAAAGCACCCAAACACCAAAGAAGCAGAAGUCUCAGCAAAGACCGCAUCACACAGCGCGUCAUGGAGAAAUUACAACAGCAGGCUGCAGAAGGCGCCACUCACAAGGCCAGAGCUUCAAAGUCCAGGGAAACUUCCAGGAUCAGGGACGACACUCUUUCUUCCCCGCGCAAGUCGCAUCGAAGGAGAAGCAAGGAUGUCGAGCAAGUGAGUGGUGUCAGUGGCACAGACUCCAGUAUCCUGUCUUCAGGCGGCGCUGACCGUCGUUCUGGAAUUUCGGGCACUUCCUCUAUUAACAACCCAAAACUACUUGCUACAGUUGAGGAUGCGAUCAAGCGCCUCAUUCUUCCCGAGCUUAACGCACUAAAAGAAGAGAACCGCACUUCAAGGAACCUGAGCAAACUUGACCGCGCCAAUCGCGACAGCAUCGCCACAUAUGACGGCCAGGAAUCCACCACAAGCUCUCGAGACCCAUCUAGACGGCGCGUCUCCAAAUCCUCAAGCGCACCCAAACUCCACGGCAACAAGCCCAAGGUUGUUCUCAACCGAGAGGGUGAUGAUCCCGGAACUGUCCUUUCUCCCGGGUCCAGCCGCAAAGGAGAGCGACGGUCAAGCCGGGGUUCCAUCUCAAGCUACGCAGACUCCACCACCCGUGAGGAGAAAGAGAGAUUCCACAAGCGAAAGAGCAAGGACAGUAUGUCUCAGCGAGACGCAGCCCUUAUUGGACUUGCCAAAUCCGGGCUCACCACUGCUGCCCUCAAACACCACACAUCACGCGAAGAGAAGCGCGAAGAGAAGGAAGAGGAGCGCAAACAUCGCAAGCAUCGCUCUUCCCGCAGCAGUAGGAGUAUCUCGGAAAGUGUUGCAGAAAGCGUGCGUGAGGAGACCCGCGUCAAAGAGCGCGUCCCACCGCUACCCUUUAAUCACAGCGAGCUGAUCGGAGGAUCUGAGCUCACCCGCGAUUCGAUCCUAUCCGCCGAAACCGAGACGAAAGAGAGACCGCCAUCAAGGUCGUCUGUAAGUACCGGUAUAACGGGAACAGGCGCUGAGACACCUAUUCAACAAGUGCCUCGGGGCUACGUUUCGCCUUCCCCGCGCACGCCCACUCGCACACCGAAUGCGCUUCAACAAACGCUCGGCACUUCCCAAAGCAAUCGGUCCAGCCACGAUGUACGAACCGAAACUCCGAAGAGCGACCGCAGCUACAAGUCUCGCCCAAAAGAUACCACUGAUGCCAGCUUGUCUGCUGCAGCUGCAGCAAAAGUCCGCGCAAUUGAGCGUUCUGAGCCUCAAGCAUCACAAUACGAGAUUGAGAGCGAAACGCAAUCAAAACGCGGUGUCAGCCCGAUCCAGAGCGAGGCCAGCUAUCAAGAAGAUGCUCCGAACAGCGCCUCGCCUCGGCGCUUCCACUCCAUUCGAAGUGGUCCUUCUGUGUCUUCACUUGGCCAUCAAUUCGAGCGACGAGCGUCUAAUCUUUCAAUCGCAUCCAUGGAUUCCACAGCCAGUACAAAGGCCGCGCGGACUCGCAAGCGACCCCAGGGCGUUACUCUUGAGAGUAAGAAAUCGAUACUCAACGAAUCGAGCUCUCCCAGGGACACUGACGAGUUCUUUGAACGCAACCACGAGAAGAACGAGAUGUACCGCCGAGAGCUUGAGGAUAGCUCUAUGGCAUCAGUCAACUACAACCGCCUGACUCAGUACACUGAUGAUAGUACCGACCAGUAUCUCGAUCGUGAAGUGAAACCGGAUCUGCAAACCAUUCGCAAGAUUGGUUCUAAUCCCGAAUAUGUUCACACGCCACUUGCAGUGGAAUCAGCCGUUGCCUCUCUGCACGACCCAUCCACCAUCAGCGUCCGGUCAUCAAUGGCGUCGAGCCCGCUGAAGAAGAGCAUGCUGUCACAAGUCAGCACUAAUCCGGCUUAUGUACAGACUGACCAAGUACCGGCAGGCGAGAGAUGGGCCGCCAUCCGCGACAAGGCCGAGGCACUGGUUCAAGGACGACAGGCUGAAACCUCCCCGAGGCAUAGUAUCGCCCGCGAGGAUUCACCCAGGCAGAGUGUUGCUCAAUCUGAGGACGCCGAGUCCAUCGAUGAAGCACCUCACAUGCAUCACAGUGCUUACCCAGUAGGCGAUGAUAACAUGAUGCCUGAGAUCGGAUAUGGGAUGGAUGACGAAUCCGAUGUGACUACCAACCCCUCCAUCAUCCAAGGUCCAGGAGACGGUUAUCACGACCGUACCGACAACCUACUUGGUCGACAAGAAGAGCGAGAACGUACUCCCACCUCGUUCAAUAAGGGCCCUGCUUUCGCUGCUCAUCAAAGGCACGAUCAGCAGAGCCCAGCGUCGUUUGACGAUCAGCGCCAGCCCUCCGUAGAAAGUGACUACGAUCACCCUUAUGCAGGUGAGCCACAUUACGAGCAGGCAGGCUAUGCGCAGAGUAAUCGCACUCCUUUGUCAGGCCAGACCGGCUGGAAAGACGAGGGUUACCAGUCGGCUAAUCAACGUGAAGCGUAUACUCCUCAGGGUCGCAAUCACUCCAAGAUGCUUGAGGAUGACGGCUACGGUGACGAGUACGAUGAUGCGGACCUUGGCGGUCCAGACAUGUUUGCUGAUCGCACCACCAAACACGACCGACACGUCAGCGGUAAUUCGCAUGGCAUGACCUCGCCCCUUUACGACGCAGCCACUGGCAAGGGUAUCGAUCGCAUUCAGUCGAAGGACAUUGUGGCGCUUAUGGAUCAUCUCACUGUUCGCGACGCCCAACGUAAUGCGCGUGAUACCGAGAUUCUGGUUACCCUUGUCCGAAGCGCGGCGGAGAUGCGCAACCAAUUGGAUGACCUCAGGCAGUUCAUUAAGACUCAAGACAAUAUGAUCAUGAACACAACCGACAAAAGGGUCAAUCUUGCCGAGCAACGGAUCUUGGGUGGCCCUCGUCCUCAGCCAAUGACACCUCCCCGCGUCAACCGAUCGUCGGAUGAGGUUGACAUUGAGACCAAGAAGAAGAGUGUCUUCAGACGAGCACUCAAGGGUCUGAGCGCGGGUAAAGGGGACGGCGACAUCAAGCACAUUGAAGCAAUGUUAGUUCAAUUGCUUGGUGAAGUCGAGGGCUUGAAGCAAGUCAACCAACUCACCUUGGACCAGCAAGCCCGGUCAAAUAGCCUCAACUCAUAUGAAGAGUUACGUGCAAGUGCCGAUGCUGGUUAUGAGCCAGAAGGUCGUGCCGACACAGCACCUUCACCUGACCAGUCGGGUUAUCUCUCCAACCCCUCAUCGUCACGGCGCAUCCAGGAUCUCCACUCGGGUUACGAUGUCGUGCCUACUAACCGUAUCAGCACGGUACGGGAAGAGAGCGACGAGGAAUCUAUUGGGCGAAACUCCCGCUACGAGAACACUGAGCGAAUGACUACUCCGACUCAGGAGGCUUUCCAGGAGAAGCGUGGGUCACUAGAGACUCCAUCACAGGCUUCAAGGGCUCAGAGAGACUCACAAAGCCAAGACAACACACCGAAGCGUAAGCACAAGUCCAACUCAUCGUCCAUCUUCGGCAUCCCCAAGAUUUCGCGAUGGUCGAAGACGACUUCGUCUACGAAUCCUGAGAGCCUACCACGCAACAGCGGUUCUGGAGACAAGCGGCCCUACUCUGCCCACUCUAGGUCAUCCUCCCGAGAUGACUACUACGAUGAUGAGGAGCCGUAUGAGCAGCACGCUGACGAUAGACUUCGCUCCAGCGCGUCUAUUGACAGGCAAGAGCAAGCUUCUAUCCGUUCUGUACGCUCUCCUUCCCCUCUCAUCCCAGAGGAGCAUCAGUAUGAGAUGGAGGACCCCAAGUACCAGGCUCAUCGCAACUCGUUGAAUCUGCAACAUCCUCAACCACGACCUGGACCUACUGGUCGCCACCAGAGCAACUUGGAGACCCAAGCACAGAUCUAUGAGCCUGUUCGCUCCGAUAUAGGAUCCCCUGACUACGAUCAGUGGGGUAGCAUGCCGUCGCUUGCUCGUAACCGCCUAUCUGGCAUGUCUGCGCCUCACGCUGGCAACCUUUCACCAAUCUCGUCUGAUGACUACAGUCAGCACUCUGCAGAGCAGCAAGCGGGUCCACCUCGCCCACCCAAGAUCCCAGAUGACGGACCACUUAUUCCGCCACCGCAGACGCUUGCAGGCUAUGGCCAGACCAGGCAGAUGUACAGCUCGCCGAACGAGUUCGGUAGCCAAGGUGCUUUGACACCACUAGCACCUAUUGCAGAGGUGCGUUAUUCUCUCGAAACAGACAGGGGCCACCGCAUGACGCCCACUGCAUCGCCUCGCCCAAGUUCCCAAAAUCUUCGUGGCAGUCCUUUGAACAGCCCGCAGCAGCGCAAGAUCACUGGCCCUAGGGCUAUCGGCACCAGGAGCCCUCAACCAAGCAGCCCACUGCAACAUUCAGACACUGUCAUCCGAAGGAAGCCCAUUGCCGAGGACGAAGAGUCGCUACUCAGCUACCGCAGCAGUCUCGACUCGGAGAUCUUUUAGGCGACUGAUCUCAAGCCCAGCGUCUCGCUCAACUGCUUGAGACGCGCCGCUGUUAGCAACUGGGCGAGAAGUAAUAGAAGGAAGGGUGAUGCACGAUUUCUCUGUCGUCGUACGAGCAGGAAGACCCGUCAGCGGUCUCCACUCAAACAUGUCACUUUUGCUGAAUGAAAGGAAUGGGAAGUAAUGUGGAUGGACGGUGGGCAGGUGAUAAUGAAAACCUGCAGGUAAAAAAAUAUUCCCUUGGUUAUAAUGGCUGCUCUCUCGCUUUUCUCAUUCAUGCGCAUAUAUCAUUUUGCGAGCAUGGCGUUUUGUUCUCGACGAGCGAGUAGGCUUGGACUGACGAAACUCGAGCAUGAAGGGUCAAUGUCUCUUUCUUUAAUGAAGGAUUAUGACCGCUAUUUCAUGGCUUUUAUGAGAGACGAAUGAGGGGUUUUUGCAUGCGCUCAGUUUGUAGUUUGGUACCAAUGCAUCGAUGUAUGCCGGCC